AUGCAAGUAUGUGCGAAACAUUUCAAAAAUCUAUCGAAAAACGUAAUUAAAACCGGUGAUAUUAUCUCUUAUUUAAACGAAGUAACACGUAAAUUAGGAGAAGAAAGUUUACGAUCGCAAAAAUAUUUAGAUCCUAGUAGCGAUAAUAAAAUCACACAGAUUAUUUUGUCUGAAAUGAUUGAAAAUCAUUUACCUUACAUUAAUAAAGAAUACUUUCAUCGAAUAUUAGAUCGCGCAUGUGCACAUAUAAUUAACUAUAAAAAUGAUCCAAAAACAAUUUGUAAAUCAGCUGGAUUUCUUGCAAAAUAUUGUGAUAAUUUAAUAAAGAAAUCAGCGAUUUCAACAGAACAUGAUGAAAUAGAAUUUACAAUCAAGUUAGAUAGAAUUAUUAUAAUAUUCCGAUAUUUAGAUGAUAAAGAUUAUUUUCAUAAAUUUUAUAGUCGUUUAUUAGCGAAACGUUUAAUCUACAAACAGAGUGAUAUGAAUAUCGAAGAAUUAAUGAUAAACAAAUUAAAAAAUACAAUUGAUCAUUUAACUGUUAACGAUAUCUUAUCGAAUACAGCAAUGACAUUUGACGAUAUUUUUAAACGACACUUAAAUGGAUUACUCGAUUUAAAACUAUUAUUACUUGAAAAUAAUCACACAGAAAUUUCAACUGAUACAAAAUUAAUUUUAAAUUUAAAUUUUUCACAUAAACGUACAAAAUUACGGAUAUCACCGAUAACACAAAAAUUAACCGUAAAUCCACAAACAAGGAUUGGAGAAGGAUCCGAUUUAGAAGUUUGUGCAUCGGUUGAAAAAGAUCGUCAAGUUUAUUUACAAGCGGCUAUUGUGCGUAUUAUGAAAAUGCAUAAACAAUUAAAACAUAAUGCGUUAAUUGAGGAAAUAUUUAAGAUAAAAUGUAAAGCACAAUUUUCACCGACAAUUAAUUUAAUUAAAUCAUCAAUUGAGACAUUAAUUGAAAAAGCUUAUUUGUCACGUGAUGAAAAAGAUCCAGAAUGUUAUAAUUAUAGUGCUUAA